AUGUACACCAGAGCACGGCAACCCAGAGUUAGAAACUGCCCUUUCAGACUGGAUGUUUGUAAUCGAGUACUUCUGGUGCUGAUUUGGCUACGAAUGUAUCCAGAAAUCACCAUGUUAUCUGGUAUGUUCAUGGUUAGUCCAACAACUGUACAGAGAGAAAUCCGUUAUCUUCUACCGAUGUUGUGGACAUACUUCAGAGAACUGGUUCAGUGGCCUAACGCUGAGCAAUGGCAGGAUAUGGCUCAUGACUGGGAGAUGUUUCCAGGCGCAGUAGCAUUGAUAGAUGGAACACGGCACGAAAUCCAAAGACCGCAGAUAGAGCCACAACAACAAUUCUACAGCGGGCACUGUCGUUACCAUAAUUUCUCCACCCAAAUAAUCAUGGAUAACCGAGGAAAUAUUGUUUAUAUCCAGUCGGGUUUUUUGGGCCACAACAACGACAGCGCUCAGCUUCAAAUGAUGCCGAGAAUAGGAAACGGCGAAGAACUCCACUUGCCAGAAGGCUUGUACAUUCUAGCUGACAAAGGAUAUCCAUGCGAGUACCCAUUACUUACUCCCUGGCGAGUAAGAGAUGUGGCUGGAGAUCAACGGAGACAACUUUUCAACCUCGAACUGCGUAGAGUAAGAGUGAAGGUGGAACAUUGCAUAAGGAGAGUGAAAGAAUAUGGAGCUGUCAGUCAUCUCUGGAGGCAUGAACGAUGGAUGUUCCCUAUUGUAAACGAACUUUGCGCCUUCUUAGCGCAAAGACACAUUACUCUCUCUCGUGUGCUUUAG